AUGUCCAACUCAUCUGGUAAUCGCAGGCGUCUAACUCCUCCAGGAAUUAACACGGGUCACAACAGCGAUAACAGUACUCACAUAACUCCCCCGCCUCUGUAUCGAGAUCUGUCGCCCGCGCCCCCAUUCUACUCUUCACGCCUAGGAGCAGACGAAACCCCAAUAAUCCGAUUCGACCUAGUCCGAUUUUCCCGUGAUUGGAACGUCACAAGUGGACAUUUCGUCCUAGCUGACAACGGCACCGAUGAGGAAUGGACGGAGAUAUUCGAACAAUGGCGACCACAGUGGGAUCUAAUUAUAGAAGACCUGCGAGUGUAUAGCGAGCAGCAGCGUGUAAAUGCCAAUGCCCGUAUUAACUUGGAAAUUCCUUCAGCGCCGAUUGGACGUAUGAUUAUUCGCCAGGCCGAUCCUCCUUUCACGAGCUGGCAUAUCCAUGGGCGGAGACUCCGAUUCAAUGAUGAAGAGGUUUCGGCCUUUAUCAUAUGGAGCAGAAUUUUGUUCUGUUCAGGCGGUUCUUGA